GGGGGGGUCCUGGUCUUUGGCUCCUCGACUCGGUCCUGUUUCGACAGCGAACAUGUCUCGGCCUGUCAGAAAUAGGAAGGUCGUUGAUUAUUCACAAUUUCAGGAAUCCGAUGAUGCUGAUGAAGAUUAUGGAAGAGAUUCAGGCCCUCCAGCUAAGAAAAUCCGAUCAUCUCCCCGAGAAGCUAAAAAUAAGAGGCGAUCUGGAAAGAAUUCACAGGAAGAUAGUGAGGACUCAGAAGAAAAAGAUGUGAAGACUAAGAAGGAUGAUUCUCAUUCAGCAGAGGACAGUGAAGACGAGAAGGAAGACCAUAAGAGCGUGCGCCAGCAACGGCAGGCGGCCUCUAAGGCAGCCUCCAAGCAGAGGGAGAUGCUCAUGGGCGAUGCGGGCAGUGAGGAGGAGCAAGAGGAGGAGGACGAGGCGCCAUUCCAGGAGAAAGACUCCGGCAGUGAUGAGGAUUUCCUAGUAGAAGACGAUGAUGAUAGUGACUAUGGCAGUUCAAAAAAGAAAAACAAAAAGAUGGUUAAGAAGUCGAAGCCUGAGAGAAAAGAAAAGAAAAUGCCGAAGCCCAGGCUAAAGGCCACAGUGACACCAAGUCCUGUGAAAGGCAAGGGGAAAGUGGGUCGCCCCACAGCUUCAAAGGCAUCAAAGGAAAAGACUCCUUCUCCCAAAGAAGAAGAUGAGGAACCAGAAAGCCCUCUGGAAAAGAAAACGUCUUCAAGCCCUCCACCUGAGAAAUCUGGGGAUGAAGGGUCUGAAGAUGAAGCCCAGUCUGGGGAAGAUUAAAAGUGAUGAUGGUCUGGGGAGAGAUUUUAUUUAAAAAACAAAAAAAAAAAGAGAAAAAAAGAAAAAAAAAAAAAAGAGGGGAAAAAAAAAGAAAAGCUACUUAAGAUAGAAUAUGGUUUUGGCUAUGGCUUGACUCAUGGGCUUUCAACGCUUUUUUCCCCUUUUGUUGAAAAUAACGUUUUCUUCUUUUCUUCUUUUUCUUCUUUUUUUAAAGAAAAGCAUUGUAUGUUUAAUUUACCUUUUUUGUCUAUUGGUCUCUUCGUCAUGACCCCCUCUUCCCCCUCCCCCCCUUUCCCAAUGAAAGCCAUGUUAAAUUAAUCACUGGAUUGACUGCUUCAUCUUUUUAUUUUUAAUGGAGGGUAUGCCACAGUUGUAAAGCAAUAAGAUUUGAGGUAAACACUAUGAAAAUUUUGCUUUUUGCUAAAUGGUAGCAAGUUGAACAGGAAUCAAAAAAUGUAGAAGGUUUUAGUUAAAAGUUAGUGCUUCUUUCUCUACCUGAAUUAAAAAAAAAAUCAAUUGUCAUCUAAUACAAGUUUAUAUUCUAUAUACAAAAAUACGGAUGUCUAAAAAAUCAUGAUGUUAAACUUCCACUGAUGGGGCAGGUAGGAGAUAAAGAUGAAUUCUGAACUGCUACUAAAGGUAUUCAUGUUUUAUACUGUGGGGUCAGGGAACUGAGGUUACCUGACCCUGUUUGGGGAUAUAGGUUUGCUUGUUUUUAGUUUCAUCACUUGUUAUCUCUAGGAGACU